AUGAGAGACAACGUCCCAAAGGAGGACUGUCGACUUGAGAUAACUGGAUCCGAUGUGCUAAAGGACUUCUGGAGUAAGAAUGGCCAGUGGGUGGGUAACCACCAUAACUACACCUUCAGAGAUUUGAGACGCAAUACUUCACACAUGAUUCGUUUAGAGGAGAUUCGCGUGGACCCAUCGGCUCCAGAAUUUGCAAAGCCGCAUCCCAAACAGGAGAGUAUCUGGGGACAGCAGUACCCACGACCCUUUAAUAUGGCUAAUCUGAAGGAGUAUCCAGCCAUUGGUGAAGAAACAGAAGCAUGGAAGCAAGGAAUCAAGAUUGUAAGAAGGUUGGCGAGGUCCCUUGGAAUGAUACCUACUGUUAGUGCUCAAGAUAAAACCAUAACGAUGAUGACAAUGACAAUGAUGGUCAUCAGGAAAGAGAAAGUGUUAGUAGCUGUCUGGAUAACGAUGGCCAACAUAAUGAGGCAAAUGUAGGUGAUGGCAACUAUUGGUUUUACCGUCCCUUUGAGUGCUUAGAGAACACAUUCUGUUCCAACCAGGACGAAGACGAUGAAGACCCCGACUGUUCGCCUACCUCUUGUGACGAAGAGGAUAUCAGUGCUGGAGGUCCAACAAUUUCAGGUAAAGCAACAAUUUACCAAUACAGCCGUAUUUAUGUCCACUUUUAGAAAUUGCCAAACCUAUGAAAAAUUAAUAUUAACAGUACUUUUCGUAUGGAAAGAUUUAAUCACACGCACUGCUGUAUUGUUUUCAGAUGAACUGCAGCCACUUUGUGAGGGUCUAAAUGAUGUGCAACCCCUCUUUCAUGGCCUAGAGGAGCUUGAUUCAGAUGAGUUGUUGAAUGCUGAAGUGUGUUUGCCUAACCAGGGAAAGAUUUCUCCCAAAGUUGCCAUUCCUGAUAGGAACGAAGAAGUCUACAAGGCAACGCUGGUUUCUCUAUUAAAUGAGGAUCCACAAUUAUCUCACGACAGG